AUAAGUCGCCCGGCCGCUUCGGGUUCCGGCGUUCGGGUUCCUGCGUGUGUGCACCAUGGGGUAGGGGGUUCGUACGGCCCGGUACGCUGGGUCAAACCCACGAGAACAGCCAACCCGAACGGAUCGGGCAAACGCCGCGGAUGUGAUGUGAUGUGACAAACGAACGCAGCGAAACCAACGGAGGAGUCGUUCGAUGUUUGGUGCCCUCUGCUAACCGAAACAGAUAGCGAAUUUUUGUAAAGCGUGUGUGUUUGCGUGGUUUGCUUGGUUGUUUUUCGGGAGCAUUUAAGCGAACCAAAACAAGGCCUGAUUAGUGCAGAAGGGGCAUGCUUAAUGCUGUGAAAUCUGGCAGUGCCCUGAAGUGUUUUGAGGGAUGAUUCCUUCCCUGGUGUUCCCUACUUUCUAAACCUGCAGUGACGAACCCUUCUACUACCGUAGCUGGAGUGUUGGUGUGGCAGUGUGCGACAUCACACACGGAAAAUAAACGUUUACAAACCCCCACACAUAAAAACACAAAAUGACACACGUGCCAGAUAUACGCUGUGGUAUGGCACAGGUGGGUCGUCGACGAAGCCAUCCACGUACGGGUCGGGGCGUUAUCCCGACCACCACGCUCGUACUGCUCGCCAUCCUGCUCCAGCUGAUGGAUCUUGGCGAUGGGCCGGGCGGAGGACGCUCAAUGCUCGUCCGGGCGGCAUGUGAGUCGCGCAAAAGUUGGUGGGAUCCGACGCUAGGUGAGUGUGCCCCGUGCCUGAUCUGUGCGGACCAUCAGGUGGUGCUGAGACCGUGCCAGGACUAUAUGAACACGGUUUGCGGCACGAUGAAGGACCUGACCGCGUCCGUCAGCCGUCCGUAUCCGCACCUGCCGGAGGGAAACGGGAAUGGGAUUGGUUCCGUCGGCCGUACCCGCGAUCACCACUGGAAGGAGGAACGCCGGAAAGAAGGUGACGGUGUGGAGGGCUAUCGGCGUGUAGUGCCGGCGAUCAGCACCGAGGAGAUCCUGUGGGAUUGGCAGGUAGCGUCGCUACUGAUUGCCAUUAUCGGGUGUCUGCUGUUCCUGCUGGCAGCGGGCUGUGUCGCCCUCAACCAGAGCCGUCAGUGGCGUCGCAUCGAGAAGCACUUUGACGCCGAUAUGGAAGCAUUAUCGGCACAACUCGUGAACCAUCUGGCCAGCAUGCAGCAUCUCGAGAGUGGGCCGAUCCUGCUGGAGAACUUUGAUCACGGGCGGCUGCGUACCACCGGGCAUCAUCCGAUCGAGGUCCGCUGCGUCUAUCUCGACCAGCUGCUCGAUGAGAAAUGUUCGCAGAAGGCACACAGCGUCCAACCGACGGCCGGCAAUCUAUACAUCGAGGAGUCGAUCGAUACACCCCGCCUCCAGUCACCGAUCCCAUCGUCCCGGUCACCACCACCACCCCCGAUCUCCCUGAUACGGCACUAUUAAGGGCGGGAACGAGGAUGGGUGGUAGUAUCCGGAUGUUGACCGCACCGGAUGGAAGUAACAAAUCGAGCGGACUCUUAUAACUAUCAAAUACCGAGAAACGCGAAGCAAGAGCAAGGGGUAUUAACAGCAGCAGCAGCAAUACUACCACGUGUAGUGUGACGCUGCUGCGUGCCUUAAGAAAUAUUUAAAGCUGUACAAAAAAACAAACACAACUACAGGAAAGGGCAGCAGCGUAUGUGUUGCUUGCCUUUUCCCCAAUUAAGCUGUCGAUUUGGGAAUCGUAAGUGAAUCGGGCAGGAGGAGCUGUAGCAGGCGAACGAGCAGGAAGUUAACCCAUAAUGGGAAACGAGAGAGAAGGGAUCAGUAAGAUAAGUUUUAAGCGUAAAUGUGCCUUUAAGAUGUGCUAGUAUAUGUACAUAUAUCUAUUAAAAAAAAUAUCUCUAUUACCUAGACGCACACUGCUUCCACCGCAUACGAGAAGCUUCUUAGGAAUUGUCUGACUUGUGUGACUGUCGAAAGAUCUGAGAUACGAUGAGAGUUGUCGGGCGGCGUAGUUCGAUGUAUUCUUCGAUGUAUUGCUAGUAAUGUUUCAACCAGAAUAAUAACCAGCACCUACACCUCAACCGAGGGCCCCUGGUGGCAAGUGGUCAUGAACUAACACACAGUAUAGUCACGUACCUUGCGUUCUUUCUUGCUUCGAGUCCCGAAAUGCGUACCCCGGUGACUUGCAUAUCAGCGAGGAUCUGGACGAGGGAGCAACGCCAUGCUGUGUGUGCCCUAACCUCUCCCGCCAUUAUCAUUUUCACAUUGUAAAUCACACAUCCAACAGCCCAUGUACACGCAAAAGUCUUCGCAAAUCAAACGCAUCGGAAUGUGUGUGUGUGUGUGUGUCCUUCAUCGCCCGGCCCAUCCAACUGACGGGUAGCGUUAGGUAAAGCGAAUAGUCGCGAACGGUUCGGUGGUUUAAUCUAGAUUUGGUCAUGGUUCGCGCAUCGCUUCAAUCGCGCUGCCUGUUUGGCCGAGCUCGCACGCCAAACGUCGGAAGGGUGGAGGACUCGGCGGGAGUUGCAGUUUUCCAUCUAGUGGGAGGUUGCCCAUCUGCCGGACGACGGUGCAACCCAAAUUGGACCUCAACGGUCGUCAAUGACGCUGCCAGCUUGUCCGCCGGCGACACUCAUUGUAAAGCGUCAAACGUCAGAUACAAACUCCUCCAUGCCUUCAGCGUUCAGCGUACGUGAGCGGACUGCACAACGUGGUGACACUUGUCCGAAAAUAUUGUCUCGGCGUUUCUGUGUGUGUUUUUCGGUUUUACUGCUCUCCACCAUACUGAAACCGCCAUCGACACACGUUCGGGUAAGCCGAUGUCUAGCUUUAUAGCACAGGUGCACCGCCGUGAAUGUUUGUUAUGAAAUUGAUAAAGUUGAAGUUGUCCGUCAGACGAUGCAUUAUUCCACGUUUGCUUGUUUGAUGUAUGGCGGAGUCUGCAGAUAUGCACGGCUUGUUUGAUGUUAUUGGAGAAGAGACUUUGAGCUGACUCAAAGACUUUGAGCUUUGAGAGACUUUGACUGUGCGACAACAAAAGCGAAGGUGCCAGAACUCUGCUUACUUGGGCCUAACGAUCUCUUAAGGUCAUAUACCUGCCAUUUCUGGCUAGCUAGUCAGUCUUUACUAUGGGAGAACGGUCCGGAUGGGAUUUUUACCACCGUCCUGCUUUAUGAAAACCAGCGCCGUUGUCGUCUCUACCAUAGGACCGCCCAGGACGCCCGACAGAGCAAAUAAAACAAACCCAUCAUCACGGCAUGCAGGCUGUAGACAUCAAG